GUCCUUCGUGAUUGGACGGCCAAAGCCAAUCGUUUUCGUUCGCCUAUACCAGAUCUCGGCUCCUGGGGCAUCACCGUUGCGGUUUCUGGAUUUCUGCCUACAAGUAGCAUCUUAAUCGAGUCUUCGUCCAAACUGCUGUCGAGCCAUGUCGCAUGGCGGCUCUGCCGGCAAUCCUGAGCUCGUUCCCAGAAAGAACCCAGAGCAACAACUGAACAGAGCUUGUGAGGCAUGCCGACUGUCGAAAGUUCGUUGCUUGGUGAAUCCAGGCUCCUCAACAUCCCAAUGUCAAAGAUGCGCCAAGGCAGGUAGAACCUGCGUUUUCGCGCCACCGGCGAAGAGACGGCAGCGGAAGCGGACAGAUGUGCGAGUAGCAGAGCUCGAAAAGGAGGUCAAGCAGCUACACUCCUUGCUGAAACCUACUGCUAGGGUCUCUCCGCCUGAGGCCAGCGACGACGAGUCAAUGGAGGAGCCAGAUGAGCAAGAGAGUAAUGUGGAGAAGGAGUCAACCACGUACGCACAGAGUCUUGAGAGUAAUACUACGCCAGGCAUCGCAAGCCUUCAUGACCAGUGGCCGCCGCCGAGCGCGAGCGUCCAGGAAGAUCGCCCACCGAGGGACCCUCUAGCAGAUCCGGAAAGAGAUAUCGUCGACCGCGGCAUCAUCAGUAAAGAGAUGGCUCAGGAGUUCCUGGACCUCUACCGAGAUAAGCUUGUCACUGACUGCCCCGGAGUCGUGAUUUCGAGAGACUGGACGGCUGAACAAUUGCGAUCGAAGAAGCCGGUGCUUUUCCACGCCGUUAUGGCUGCAGCAUCGCACUUGAAGGGUGCAGCGCUCUCCAACAAGUUACAUGAAGAAAUCACCUACCUUUAUGCAAGAUCGCUUUUCGUCAAGUGCGAGAAAUCGUUACAACACAUUCAAGCGCUGUUCGUAACCGUAGCCUGGUAUACUCCUCCAAACACGCCCGCUCAUCUGCAAAUUUAUCAAUAUGGCAAUAUGGCAGCCAGCAUGGCACUCGAGCUGGGCCUGGCAUCCAAGCCGAGGACCCACGAACAGUUGCCUAAAAGAGCGAUCAGGUCCCUCCAACGGAUAUCCUCCGCUGAGGAACUACUAGAAAACUGCCGGACUGUCCUGGCGCUGUAUUCGCUAACUGCUGGUUUUGCUAUGAGGCUCCGCAGGCCUUCGAUCUUGACGUUCAACGCAUGGAUGGAAGAAUGCGUGGCUUUACUAGAAAAGUCUCCCAUACUCGAGGACCGAAGAAUCAUCGCAUGGCUUAAGCUCCAACGCAUUUCCGACGAGGCCAACACGGCCUUCGGCUUCGACGACGCGAGCACUAGCUUCAGUCUAUCAGAGCUUCGACUGCAAGCGAUUCUGAAAAUCUUCGACAGAAAGAUGCAGGACUGGAAGAAGUCCAUCCCUACCGAAGUCUUGACUGUUCCACUUAUGAUGGAUUAUCGCGUAAACAUGAUCUUUAUGUGGGAGUUCGCCAUGGACGGAGGCCGAUAUGAUGCUCCCGACUACAGGAAUCGAUAUCUUACUCUUCCUGCCUUGGACGACGAUUGCGUACAGCCCGAAACCCUGCUAUCGCGCUCUGCGCUUCAAAUCAACGCCACCGUCAUGUGCAUUAGCGAAGCACACUCGCUGCUGGACCUGUUCUUGCAGGUGCCAAUCGAGCGACUCCAGAUGGCCAAUAACACAUACUACGUCCGUGCAAUAUACGCGCUUGUUGCACUUCUAAGAGCGGAUUACGCCGUUGGAACGGACGCUGAAGGUAUUGGUGAAGUCCUCGACUCCAAAAGCCUAAAAGUCGACUACUACCUCGACAGCAUUAUCCGCAUGAGUGGCGAAGCCAUCGGCCCCCAAAAAUGCCGCGUUCCUUCACACUGGCUAUGGGUCCUGAAAAACAAGCUCAAAGCCUGGCACGACGAGCACCAGCAAUGGCGCAAAUCAGGAGGCCCUAUCAAGCGCAAAAAAACUCAGGCUCAGAGAGAACAACAAGCAACUGCGAAGCCCGAUCCUGCAGAGGGCGAUCAACCCGGACAUCUGUAUCCCCCAGAGGGAACGGCACCACCUACACAACAACUAGCGCCACCGGCGUCUUCAACGGAGCAGCCCACAGCAUCGUUUAUUCCACCGACUUUCAAUUUACAUAGUCCGUAUCCACCUUGGGCUGGGGGUGCAGGACCGUUCCCGGCGCCCCCUGAUGCGAGUCAGAGUAUGCCUACUCAAACCCCAUUUGCGAUGGGAGAUUUCUCGGCGGCGUUCCAGAACGGCGAUUUGUACCUUUGGAACGAUAUCAACGACAACUUCGGCGGAUGGAUACCCCAAGAUGGCAGCUUGUACAGCGAUCUGCAGUUUAGUGCGCUGGGCAAUUCGGGGAUGUAAGAUACAUACGGUACGACGAGGCGAGUUCACCGAUCAAGUGCGUACACAUCAUGUAGGUCGAUUGUAUGGUUCUGAAAUCGC